AAGCAAGUAACAAUGAGAUCAUUCACAAACUGCCAAGCCUCAGACAUGGAUCGGCUGGUUUGGUUCUCUCUCCUGCUCAGCUACCUGCCAUUAACAGUCACAGUCACAGAGAGUGUGACAAAAAACGAAAGCUGCUUCCCACCGCCAAAGAAGAUUUUGCUGCGCCAAACGGGAAGAAUUGCCGUUCUCAACUGUCCCAUCGAAUCACAUUGUUUCAAAGAUCUGCGCUAUAGGUGGUUUGUCUUCAAGGAAAACAUGCAUGCUCAUCUCGACUUCAGGAGCGAUUUUGGACUAGAGAAGUACACCCAGGAGGGAGCAUCUUUACAGAUCAACUCAGUUCAAGUGAACGACAGCGGGAUCUACCACUGUGCCGUAGAGUCGGGUGUAGACCCGGCACCCCGCGCCCAACACGUAGCGCUGGGUACAACUCUUGUUGUCCGGGAACCAAUUACCAUGAUUAGGUACUUUCUGUGGGCAUCAUUUGCGCUGCUGGCCACCUACAGCUUGAUACUGGUGACAUUAAUCAUAAAGAAGUAUGGCUGCAAAAACGUCAGCAGAAGUGUGAGCAAGACAAAAAAGAAGAAUUCAAUUAAAAAGGCGCAGUUUCGUGUCGUGCUGCAAGAAAUGUACAGCAGGAGGAACUUGGACAAAGGCAAAAAAGACGGCAGCAGAAACCGUUCUCAGGCUGAGGCUGCAAACACUGAGUUUGCCAACCCAAAUGAGGACAUCUAUCAAAAUGUCUAAGAGUCAUAAAAGGAUAUCAAAUGACAGUCUCAGACCUCCAUCAUCCGGCCUGAGAGGAAAUAACGCCAUGAAACACCUGGCAGAGAAUGCCAUUAUGUGACAGUGGAAGCUAGAAAAUCAUCAAAUGCUGCAAGUAGAAUGCGUACCCGCUAACCUUUUCUCAUUAAGGGACACAUUGCAACCACAACAAACACUUCAUUUCUCUCCAGUUUUUCAGUUUCAAUGGACAGAAAGCUCUCUCUUCAGGCAUUGGAAAUUUAUGUACUUUGGUGAUUGUAAUUAACGUGAACGCAUCGUCAACCCUUUUAAAAUCCGGGGCAGAGUUUUACAUGGGGAAGAAAAGAUUUAAUUUUACACAUUUGAUAGAAAAUCAUUUAGAUUUUUAGAAAUAGAAAGUAGCAUGUGUAAUAUAU